GCCCUCUGUUUGGGGUGGCGGGAAGCGAGCAGCCGUUCAGCAUAACCUCUGUAACCUCAGUGCCCAGUGCCUUCCCCAUGAUGGCGCACCCCGCCUUUGGCUUACUGUCUCCUGGCACAGCACGCCCUGAGUUCGGGGGUUUGGGGGCACUAGGGGUCACUGCAGCUCUGGCAGCACACCCACAACUAGGGGCUUUCUCAGAUUGGUGGAGAGCAGCUGAAGCUCAUGGACGUAAUGCUGCAGCCUUCUUCCCCCCAUUUCUCAGUCUGCCUCCGCUGUUUGCCCCUCCUCUUCUGAACCACGAGGCCUCACCUUACACUUCUAAAACCCUGAGCAAAAGCAGGCAGGGCUCAAAAGCUGGUGUUAAUGGAGCAUUGAAUGGGAAUGUGGUCUCUCCUCUGAUGGCUAAAGGCAGUGUGUAUGGGUCACCCUCGCCCACUCUUCGCACACCCAGCGUCAAGCCCCGUGCCCGCAAAGCCUCUCAUCACAACAACAGCACAGGAGAGCUGCAGGAGAAACCCUCGCAGAAACCAAAAGAGAAGAAAGCUCGUAAGAAACUGGGUGACGGCUCGGCAGUGAGUGACAGUGAAUCAGGCUCGUCUCUGGACAGUGAUAUUGAAGGAGUCAGCAGCAGUGACUUGGACGACCUCGGUGAGGAUGACGAUGACGACGAUGACGAUGAUCAGAGUAAAGACAGUGAAGAGUCUGAUUCUGAAAAGGAACGGCAGAAGAAGAAAACAGCAAAGAUUGCUUCACCUAACCUCAGGCCCAAUAAAAAGGGACUUGCCAAACCUGUCCAGUCCUGGGACCUCCGGGAGGGCAGUGCCCACUUAGACGCCCUGUCUCACUUCUCACCUCUUAUCCUGCCAGUCUCCAUAGCCAGAGACGCUGUGGCACAACCCACCAGCGUCAUUCAGUCUACCGGCCUGGCCAUAAGUGCCAAACCGCUAACACUGAUUGCCCAGCCGCAGCAUGACUCCUCCCCAGAUCACUUUGGAUCCUCCCCUCAGCAACUCAGCUCCUCCCCUCCCUUACCGUUGGCCGUUUCCUCUCAUCAGCCACUCUCACUUUCACUUUGCUCCUCCCCCAAGCCGUUAUCAGUCCCUUCCCCACCCAAACCCAUUCCUCUUUCCUCCUCACCCAAACCUCCCCCUUUGAGUCCCUCCCCCAGGGCGCGGGCUCUGGGCUCGUCUCGCAAGCAGCAGGUGCCGCAACUGGACACGCUGAGAGGCAGAAAGCGAUUGGAGAGCUCACUGUCUCAAAUUGCUGACUUCAGACUGAAACAGUCCUUACACACACAAGACCAGGAGUUUCCACUCCAGCUGAAAAAGCAGCAGGACCUCUACAAAACCUCACAAAGCUCUGGAAUAAUAUCCUCUUCUUCCUCCUCACCUUUGCCUCUGUCUUCUUCCUCCUCCACACUUCUCCCUUCCAAAAUCACGUCGGGUCGCACCAAGCCACCCACUGCACAGGGCGUCCCUGCAUCACCUAACCUCCUCCUCUCGCAGACUCUCCUGGGCCUGAGCCACGCCAACGGUGUGAUCCAGAGCUCCACCCAGGAUGCACCGCUCGCACUCACCACCAAAACUCGCUCCGACCUGCCCGUCAACCUGAGCACAGGUGGCAGAAAGGACACGGCUGCGACGACCCCCCCGACCGCCUCGACGGCCACCCCGGGGUCCGCCUCUGCCCUCCCGGCGAGGCCACGUCCCUCUCGCAAAAACAAGACGCCCAGAGCCCUGGAGGCCUGGAAGGACGUUUCUCAGAAGCACCUGGUCCAGUCUCUCGUUGAGCUGUACAAUCAGGGCGGGGCAGAGCAGAAGACCCCAGGCAAGAAGGACUCCGACGAGUCGGCCGAGGAUGAUGACGACGAUGAGGAGGAUGAUAUGGAUGAUGAAGAUGAGGAUGAGGAGGAUGAAGACGACAGUCUGUCAGAAUCAGACAGUAACUCGGACAGCGAGCUGAACGGCUCUGCAAGCGGUAAUAGGAAAAACAGGGACACGACAGAGACGGAGACAGAUGGAGAGAGGACGCCUUUGAAGCUCAGCAGGGACCUGCCCCUGCUCGCUUCCUCCACCAAUUACGGCCUGCCUGACUGCUCGCCGCUAAACCUUCAAGUCAUUAAACCCUCCAGCAUGGCCAUGCCCACCAUCUUCAGCAGCUCUGGUGCCUUGACCUAUCACAGCUCACCAUCCUCGUCUUAUUCAGUCGGCACGUCCCCAGGCUCUGGGAAGAGGAAGCGAAUGAUGAGUGAGGAUGAUCUAAAGACUCCUUUGGAAAUGGGCUGGCGCAGAGAAACCAGGAUCAAAACAGUCGGAGGUCGUCUCCAAGGAGACGUGGCGUAUUAUGCUCCCUGUGGCAAGAGGCUGCGUCAGUACCCCGACGUGGUGAAGUAUCUAUCCAGAUACGGAAUAACUGACAUCACACGCGAUAAUUUUAGCUUCAGUGCAAAAGUAAGGGUUGGUGACUUCUAUGAAGCCAGAGAAGGAGCCCAGGGUCUGCAAUGGUGCCAGCUGAGCGAGGACGGGGUCAUCCCGCGUAUCAGAGCCAUGGACGGCCGGAGGGGUCGAACACAGAACACAGAACGCCAGCACGCAGUAGGUGACAGUGAGGGCUCGGGUGAGCACCGCAGGAAAGGCCGUCCACCCAAUGUAGGCCAUACUGAGUUCCCCAGCUCGUCAGAGGCCAAACUGCUCCGGAAACUGGAGGCUCAGGAAAUUGCUCGGCAAGCAGCUCAGAUGAAGCUGAUAAGGAAGCUGGAGAAGCAGGCGCUUGCCCGGGCGGCUAAAGAAGCCCGCAAACAGCAAGCCAUAAUGGCCGCAGAGGAAAGGAGGAAGCAGAAGGAACAAAUUAAGAUUCUUAAACAGCAGGAAAAGAUAAAGCGCAUUCAGCAAAUCCGGAUGGAGAAGGAGUUCCGUGCACAGCAGAUUCUCGAGGCAAAGAGGAAGAAGCGGGAGGAGGCCGCCAAUGCCAAAAUUUUAGAGGCAGAGAAGCGCUUAAAGGAGAGAGAGAUGAGGCGACAGCAGGCGGUUAUCCUUAAGCACCAGGAGUUGGAGAGGCAUAGACUAGAUAUGGUAUGG